AAAUGCAAUAUGGAAACAAAGUGAACAAUACAUAUCCGAAAUAUAUGUUGGCAUAAAUAUUCUGUAUUUGUUUAAUUUACUACUGACGAAAAAAUAGCUAAAGCGGUGAACUGAUAUGCACAAGAACAAUUACAAUUCAGAAAUCAAAGUCAAAUACUGUAUAUAAAUAAAAGUAUCAACAUGACCGUAGCUGAAUUUUUUGGAUGUGCAUGCCUAGCUUUUGGUCCCCCAUUAGCUAUGUUCACUUUUACAAUAGCUCAUGAUCCUAUAAGAAUAAUUAUUCUAAUUGCUGCUGCCUUUUUCUGGCUACUAUCGUUGUUAUUUUCAUCAAUAUUAUGGUUUGCAGUAGUACCUUUGAGAAAUGAGUUAGCAUUUGGAGUUGUGUUUUCUGUAAUAUUUCAAGAACUCUUUAGAUAUCUAAUUUAUUUAGUAUUGCGAAAAACUGAAAACGGUCUUAAAGAAGUUGCAGAAAAUGUUCAAGUUACAGAAAACAAACAUAUUUUGGCCUAUGUUUCUGGUUUAGGAUUUGGUAUAAUCAGUGGUGCCUUUGCCCUGAAUAAUGUUUUAGCAGACUCUGUUGGUCCUGCCACAAUGGGACUGAAAUCAGGCUCCGACAGUUUCUUUAUGGUCAGUGCUGGAACUACACUAUGUUUUAUAUUAUUGCAUACAUUCUGGGGCGUAAUAUUUUUUAAUGCCCUCGACAAUCGCAAUUAUGCUUUAAUAUCAUGGGUUGUAGGCAGUCACCUCUUCGUGUCCUGUUUGACACUGUUAAAUCAAAGUGGCUUAUAUUAUGCAUCGAUGGUACCUGCAUAUUGUGUGCUUAUAGUUUCAGCAAUUUUUGCUUUUAAAGUUGCAGGUGGAACACUUAGCAGUUUUAAAAUGUUCAUCACAAAUAGACAAUUAGUUGCUUAAUUUAUUCAUAACAGCAAUAAUCUUAUAAUAUAUAUUAAGUUAGUUACUGAAUAAGAUGGAAAGAUGCAUAAGACGUUUUUGUUACAAACGUAGUUUGAUUUUCAAAUGAUACUAAUUUGUGAAUGAUUUGACGGUGAGGAAUUGUACCACACAGAUUUAUGGUUGAUAUCUAGCCAUAAUUGUGGUUUGCCAAGCACGACUUCAGUUUUAUAAUUUUUUUUUCCAAUAUAAUUGCAAAUAAUUUAUAGGUUUUGAAUUAACUAUGAAGAUCUCUUCUUUAUUGAUCUCUCAUAAUAAUUUUAGUAUUGAAACAUAUUCUUUAAACUAUUUAUAUCUUCAUUAUCUCUAUGAAUUAUUUUAUAGAACUAAUUUUAUAUUACUAAGAAAAAUGAUUUGUUUAAAAUUGUACUGAGGGUGUAGAGAAUAUCACUGAAUAAUACAUAA